AGGCUUCGUUCUGGCGGAGGUGGCGGCGGGCGGGCGGCCGGUGGGGAUGCGCUCAGAAGAGGGGGCCGGAGGCCCGGGCGCAGCGCUUUCUGCGCGGGGCCCGAGCUGGAGGGAGAAACUCUCGGGCUCGGAGACCCACUUCCGCCGCGAGUCGUCGCGGAAUGAGUCGGCGGCGCCUCCGGCCCCAUCCUUAAGUGAGAGUGGGGCUGCCAAGACCCGCGAGGAGAAGAGGACGGCCCUGAGCAAGGUGGUCCUCCGGCGUCUGCCCCCGGGCCUCACCAAAGAGCAGCUGGAAGAGCAGCUGCGCCCCCUGCCCGCGCACGAUUACUUCGAGGUGGUGGCUGCGGACCUCAGCCUUUACCCUCACCUCUACUCCAGAGCGUACAUUAAUUUUAGGAACCCUGAUGACAUCCUGCUGUUCAGAGACCGUUUCGAUGGAUAUAUCUUCAUUGGCAAUAAAGGCCUGGAGUAUCCUGCAGUGGUGGAGUUUGCUCCAUUCCAGAAGAUUGCCAAAAAGAAGCUGAAGAAGAAAGAUGCCAAGACGGGAAGCAUUGAAGAUGAUCCAGAAUAUAAGCAGUUUCUGGAGUCCUACAGCGUGGAGGAGGAGAAGAGCAGCGCCAGUCCCGAGACGCUGCUGGGAGAGAUCGAAGCGAAGACGAGGGAGCUCCUUGCUAGAAGAACCACACCUCUUUUGGAAUAUAUUAAAAAUAGAAAAUUAGAAAAGCAGAGAGUCCGGGAAGAGAAGCGUGAGGAGCGGAGGAGGCGGGAGCUUGAGAAGAAGCGUCUGCGGGAAGAAGAGAAGCGGAAGAGGAGAGAAGAGGACAGGUGGAAGAGGAAGGAGGCGGACAAGCAGAAGAGAGCCAGUGAGAAGGAUGUGAGGAUCAAGCUUCUUAAGAAACUGGAAACAGGAGAAGAAGCGACUUCAGAGAAACCCAAAGAAAGAGGUGAAGCUGUCGGUGCAGGAGAGGAGAAGCAGGAAGCCCGACUGGAGAGCCAGCCGGAGACGCCUGCGGAGAGGUUACAGGAUGGCGGGGAUAAAGAGCAAAGGGACAAAAGAUUUCGAGAGAAAGAACCUGAAACUUCAAGAUGUCAUCCAGACAGUUGCAGGAAGUACAGCAGUCACUCAGAGUUCGCCAGGUUCUCCAGAAGGAACGAAGAGGAGUCAAAAUGGGGGAAGGGCUUCACCCAGGACAGAGGGAAGAAGGGCCAGGAUGGGAGUGUCCCUGUAGAUGUGGCAGAGAGAAGCAGCAAGGAGCACAAGGAGUAUGACAGCCCGGGGCCAAGAAAGGAUCGCCCGGGAAGCAAGGUCCUGUAGCCUGCGGCCGCCUUCCCUGAUGUGUGCAGAUACAGUGUGCUCUGCGGCCUCACAGCCACUUCCCCAAGCAGAGAGCCUUAGUAAACUAGAUAGAACAGCCCGCCUUGUGUACGUAGGUCCAGAGCUGCACUCUGCCUGUGUCGGCCCAUGUGGGCUGAACUGCAGCAUCCAUAUCUUCUAGAGUGCUCUUGCUCAUCUGGGGUGCACUGAACUUGCAAAGAAACUCAGAAUAAAACAUUCCAUCAUCUUUUUAAAGAA